AUUAGUGAUUUCAAAAACAACAUAUACGUUGGGGCACAGUGCCUCAUUGAAAAACCAUUGUUCUAUCAUAAAAGAAUAAUGCUCCUAGGAAAGAGAAAAGGGGGUUACAGUCAUGUUCCCCAUAAUUAGCAUACAACCCCAUGGUACAGAGAAAUCUGUCAGGUACAUUAUAUGACUCUUUUUACCCCCAAAAUGAAUGUGGGUAAUAAAAAGAGGUUAUGUGAGCGAAUUCUCCAUUGUAGUAAUUGUGGGUUUCAAUUCAAAUUCUUGUCAUUUUCAGUAUGUUUUAUUAUUUUUAUCUUCAUUGAAUAUAGUUUAAAAGGAGAACAUUAAGCCCUUUGAUAUGUUUUGCUUAUAUAAUGUUUUCUUGUGUUGCAGUGACGUGUCUGAACUGUACCGAGGCAUCUGACACCUAUGAUCAGUUUAUGGACAUACAGCUGGAUAUUAGGGUACAUCAAUUUUCCAGAUACAAUAAUAUUUAUUUGUUAUAUAUUUUAGCUUGCAUAAGAAGCUAAUGUUCUCUUUUUUUUAAUAUUAGAUGUCAAACAGCAUUAACCAAGCCCUGUGUCAAUAUGUACAGCCAGAGCAAUUAGGAGAAUGCAGCUACCGUUGCAGCAAGUGUCAUCAAAUGGUUACGGCAUUAAAAACAGUUACUGUUCACCAACCAUCCAAUGUGCUAACCCUGUGCCUAAACAGGUUCGACAUUUUCAGUAAUGGGAAGAUUAAAAAGGUAAGUACUAGGAUGUGAUGUAAAGUUCUGCCAGUAUAGGUCCUCUACAUGCACAUAGAUACCUAGUUAUUCACAUGUAAAUGAUCUAUAAUGAAUAUGAAUUUAUUUGUUAUAAUUACCUAUUUGGGCUACAAAAAGUGUAAGAGUUUGUGAGUUAAAUUCAAAUAAAUUAUUGUUAUUUGUUGGAAUUCUUAGAAGGUCUGGAUUUAGUUCAUAUGGGCAUGAGAUAGAUUUUAUAUACUGGCAAAUAUAGAAUGAUUUCAUCAACAGUUAAGCAACAUAUGAAUAAUUCUCUCUUAUUCCCAAUUCAUUAUGCACAGAGUGUAGCGUAUCCGGAAUGUCUUGAUCUCCGGUGUUACACCUCAGAGCCAAAUGGAACACCAAUUCUUUACAAUUUGUAUGCCGUUCUUGUCCACGCUGGAACAACCUGCAAUAGUGGACAUUAUUUCUGCUAUGUGAAGGGCCCCAAUGGAAACUGGUACAAAAUGAACGACAAUUCUGUGACAUCUGUAGACAUCAAGAUAGUGUUGAAGCAGGAGGCCUACCUGCUGUUCUAUAUCAGAACCCCGGAUGAGCAGACAUGCACAGUAUCAUCUUCUUUAAAAACAUCUACAGCUGAUUCUGAACAGCCAAUCACUACCAAGCAACGUGGCUUUUUAUCUACAGCUGAUUCUGAACAGCCAAGCACUGGCAAGCAAAGUAGCAUUUCAUCUACAGCUGAUUCUGAACAGCCAAUCACUAGCAGGAAACCCAAGCACGGGCAAGCAACGUAG